AUGCUUAGAAAUACCAGCACAUUAAGAUCGUUUAUCAGAACACAGUCGACGCGCCCAUAUCCUGUAAAUGUUGAGGCAGUUUACUAUUCUCCUCUAAAACUGCCUAUCAAAUAUGGCGAUUUAGUUGCGGACAUUCAGUUAAGAUCGUAUGACAAUGAAAACCUCGAUUUUUAUUCAGACUUCAUACUUAGAACGGGUUACUACUUAGGUAUCCCACUAACAGGUCCCAAACCUUUGCCCACGAGAAGAGAGCGGUGGACGGUAAUAAAAUCACCAUUCGUGCACGCUAAAUCCAAAGAAAAUUUCGAAAGACAUACGCAUAAGAGACUCAUCAGGGCCUGGGAUACGAACCCAGAAGUGCUGCAGUUGUUGAUAUCUUACAUUACAAAACACUCUAUGGCAGGUGUUGGAAUGAAAUGUAACUUCUUUCAAAAGUCCGAAAUAUCGGUAAACUUUGAUUCGGAGGCUAAUGACAUCGAAAAAUCAUUAAGCAACGUUAGUGAUUUAUAUUCCCUCGGAAACGAUGAUAAAGUUCAAAGUAGUGCUGUCGGUGAAAAGGUGCUGGAACUAUUGAAUAGCCCUGAUUUUAAAAAGCAUUUGGAAAAGAAGUAA